AUGAGUACGACGCACGACUUCGAUUCGCGCACGAUCAGAGGAAAGAAGGGUGCUGCAAGGGGACAGCCUCCAUUCCAUCCGGGCCCUUCUCAGCCCUCGACCUUCUUCCUCCGAAGCGAGAAGGACUUGGAGAAGGGUACACAGCGCGGACGGACAGCCUCACGAGGCACUAUGGACAGUCAAGAGGAGAGCGUGAAGACGCCGCCAGGGAGCAGUAUGGCCGAUAGCAGUUUUGGUGUGGAGAGCUUGGCCGAUACUAUCAACUCGGCCUUCUCCUCCGAGCGGAGUAGCUCAUCGAGGACGAACAGCGUAGAGUCAGCCGGGCCCGAUACCGGUGGCGAUGGCAAUGUUUUCAUAGGCCGCAAACGCAAAGCUGGCAAUCCGGUUCAUCCCAAGAUCGUGGCGACAGGCCAGCGCAUCAUCUCUUCUGAAUACCAGCCUUCCACCUCUGCCUCGCCAAGAUCGCUACGAUCCGCUGAAUCACCCUUCCGAUCGCGUUCACAUCUUAGGAGAGGCUCAGAAGCAUCGUCCAUCAACCUCAACAGCCAGCCUCUUACCCCUUUGAAGAUGAGCCCACAGCCCAACUCUGCUAUGCCGAGCACGCCACGCUCAGCUUCGCCGAAAUCAUUCCGGCUGAGCGAUGAAGAGUGUAGUGUUGCAGACGAAACGGGAAGUCAGGCCGUGCAGUCUUCAAGUGGUGACGAUGAUGAGGAUGUAGAGCUUGAGAUGAGUCAUGAGAGCUCUAUGCCGCAAUUAGUCAUGCCGAGUAUAGCGAUGCCAACGCGAAGACCAUUCACGGAACGAGGCAGGCGGAUGGGGAGGCUGAAAGUGAUGGUUGUGGGAUCGAAUGGGACGGGGAAGACAAGCUUGAUCCAGAGCUUCUGUCGGGUGUGCGAGGAUAUCGUGCAUGUCGAUCCAGUGGUACGAGGCUCGCUGGACAGCUCACGACGACAAGGUGAGAGUGUGGGAAUCACCGAGACGCAUGCUUCGACCCGAACAUACCCUUCCUGGUGGACCGAGCUUGAGAGCAGACGAUCCUCAGCACGGCGGAAGAGCUCAGGCGAUGGUGUGCUGGAACGGAACUUGUGCUUUAUUGACACGCCGGGACUGGAUUAUGAGGGUGCGGCUACGAACGUGCUGGAAUAUGUCAACAAGACGGUCGAGCGUACCAUGAAUUUGGACAGGAUGCAUGAUAGCGAAGUGAUUGAUGUUUUGAGUGGAGAUGGUGGUGUACAGAUCGAUGCGGCAUUAUGGCUCUUCGACAACUCCACCACGAGCAAUCUAGACGCGCUUCUCCUCGAGGGCAAGCAGAAGUCGCUCUUUGAAGCACUGUGCAAAUGCACCAAUGUCGUACCACUGCUUGCGCGGGUAGACGAACUCGACACGGAGAGUGUUCAAGCUUGCAAGCAACGGAUACAGACUACCAUCCGGAGUCUUGGCGUCGAGACAUACUCGUUCGCCACUCAUGCGCAACCACAGCUCGAGUCAGGAAAAGCAACAAAUACGCCAACAUCCCCCUUCACCAUCUCCUCCGCACUAAGCGACGACACCGAAACCCUCGACGCCAGCAUCCUCAUGUCCUCCCAAUACCUCCCCCCUCUCGUCCCCAGCGAACUCGACCACCUCGUCACGAACCUCCUAACCCCAGACAACAUAGCACGACUGCGCCACCUCUCCGCCACCAAAGUUCUGCUCUGGCAUCAACAAGCUCGCCACGCCAACCAAGAACACCAACAUCAACUUCAGAAUCCACUCCACUCCUCCCUACAAUUUGGCCAUACCCUCCCCUCCGACAUCCCAAGCAGCACUAGCGGCAGCCUCCUCCUCCUCCUCCAAGACGAGGACUCCAAUAAACUCCCCCUGCCACCGCCUAGGAGCUCGACAAGUCACGACCGCUCCCCCUCUCCUUCACUAUCAGACCGAUCUUCAAAUCUCCCCCUGACGGCCACAAGUACCUCCACCCGCGCUCUAGCCCAAUAUAACGAGCAGAACAAUAACAACACCACCCUACCCUUCCGCCAAGUCCGCCUGGCGAAAUGGGCGCAAGAUCUGCAGCGGAGUCUCGACAAUGAACGCAAACGCUACCGGGAGAUCUAUCUCGGUGGGAAUCACAAGUCUUUGUUGUGGAAGGGUGAUGGGGUCGCCGGUGCGGACGAGAGCUCAGACAAUGAGAAGGCGCUCGUUUCGCACCAUUACCAGCAGCAGCGAGUGGAGCAGCGCCCUGCUCGAGGGAGACUGGGAGGUGCUAUAGCCGUUAUUGAUCCCCGGGAUCCUUUGGGACUGUUGGCUUUGGGCCAGAGCAUGCGACGACGAGGAUGGUUUAUGCUGCGGGUAGCGGGUUUGGGGGGUCUGGUCGGGGCGGGGAUUUGGUGGGUUGUGAGGAAUUGGGUCGAGGUGCAGGGGUGGUGGUACGGGGGGACGGUCAUCAAUGGGUUUGGGGUUGGGAUUGCGCCGGUGCAGUGGGGAGUGGGGCUGGGACACGCGGAUGAUGGUGGAGUGGAUUGGAGGGGGUUCUUUGGGGGGGGUGGAGGGUGGCGCGGGCUGAUCUAG